AUGGCUGCCGAGCACCUAUCAGGCGUCCGGGGCAUCCGCUCCCUCACAGACCAAGACGCUGUAUUCCGUGCCUUUGACUCGUAUCCUUGGACCAAGGAUAAGGCAUUUAUGUCCGGCCUUCACGCCAUCCUCGGCGACCCCAACUCGCCAAACCAACAAAGCUCGCCCGCUGACAUGGCCGUUCACGCCCGCAUCUUUUACUAUUCCCAGCGUGUCGGCGUCGGCAUUGACUUUGCCGCCUAUCAGGCUUGGCUCGCCGCGAACCCGGACCACGCCCCGCCUAGCAUACUUCCACCAGAGUAUCUGACCGGCAGCAGCAACGGCGGGCCGGCGGUGUCGCCGGUGCUUGAAUGGCAAAAGGCUGCUCCCAAGGCGGAGUUGUACGUUGAUCGCGCCGCUGCCGCCGCCGCUGCCGGAGACCAGCCGGCGUAUCCAAUGGCCUUUGCCGAGAUGAUCAAGCUGCUCCAGGAGGGCAAGGAGGUGCCCGGUAUCCGUCAGAUACCAAAUACCGUCAUCAGAGACCCAACUGUCAAACCCAUGGGAGCUCGUACAGCACCUCGCAAGCCAUGGGAAAAGAAUGACGCUACUUCCUCUGAUGAUUCUUAUAGGUUAGCUACUCUGGACACGGAUUUUCCUCCAGUCGAGCCAGCAAUUUCCGAGCAACAUCGAGCAGAAGCUGCUUAG